GCCGCCGCUGUUGAUGUUGAUUUUUAUCUUCUGUUUUGAGGAUGACACCAAAACACGAAAAACAGGAAUUUGUAACUGUUCUGGUACGGGACCCUAGGAUACAGAAGGAAGACUCUUGGCAUUCACAUAUAGACUAUGAGAUAUUCAUUCAUACAAAUAGCAUGUGCUUUACAAGGAAAACAUCUUGCGUUAGACGACGCUUUCGAGAAUUUGUAUGGCUGCGGCAGAGACUUCAGAAGAAUGCUGUGCUACUCCAAUUACCUGAACUUCCAUCUAAAACUCCCUUUUUUAAUAUGAAUAAUCCCCAUCAUGUGGACCAUCGUCGACAGGGCCUACAAGAAUUUCUUGAGAAGAUCCUACAAAAUGCAUUAUUGCUUUCGGACAGUAGACUUCACCUCUUCUUACAGACUCAGCUAAGUCCAGAAGAUAUUGAGGCUUGUGUAUCUGGACAGACAAAAUAUUCUGUUGCUGAUGCGAUUCAUAAGUUUGCCUCUUUGAAACGACGUUUUCCUAUUGAAGAUGAAGAGAGAAAAAGAGGAAAAAAUGAGGCAGAUUCUGAUUCAGAGAGUUCAUCCUCCGGGCUUGGACACAGUAGUGAUGACAGCAUUUCACAUGGAUGUAAAGCAAGCACAGUCCCUGAAGAAUCCUGAAAAAUCACUUGUAUAUUGCCAUCCUAAGACCCGCAAAAUAAUUUUCUCUCUCAAUUUUCAAACCAUAGCUUUGAAACUGUUUCUUUGUUUGUUGCUUUUAUUAAAUUGCACUGAUUUAUUUUUACAUGUUGCCUAUUACAUUUAGGUUUAUGCAGCCAUUAAAAUCUUGACAAAUAUUGGGCUAGUGGUGCUCUAUUGCCAAGUAUGGCUGAUAAAAUAUUUCCCUGGGUGACAAUGUAUUUUAGAUCUUAAAAAAUAAAGGUAUUUUACAUUAGUUUAAAAGUGAUGUAUCAAAUGAGAAUAUACUCAAAGCAAUUUUGUGUACUUUAUACCAGAGAAGUUUCACUCUAACCAGUUGUGUGACAUUGGUAAUGAAGUUAUAUAGACCAGAGGGUAUUAACUUUUAAAAAUAGCAUGGUGACUUAAGGAAAACAGAAUCUGUACUAUUUGUUGCUGACAAUUGGAGAUAUAGACUAUCUUCCCUCAGCCUUUCUCCAAUGUUUAUGGGAAAACUUGCUCUUAUCAUGCACAAGAGCCAGAGGCCAACAUUUUCAAACAUAGAUGCCUAAAGUUAGGCACAUAAAUGUGACAUGAUUUUCAAGGGGUGCUGAAAACCUUCAGCUCUCAUGGAAGGUAGUGGGAGUUAUGGUUGCUCC